AUGGAUUUCUUAGGAAUCAAAAACAAUAAGUUCGUUAAGAAUAAAGAACUUAAUAAACAAUAUGAGGAAAUGCUCAUGGUGGAAGAUCACAUUUUGUAAUCAGAUAAUGAAACAAAUAUAAUUGUUCCAGAAUCUCCAGAUUUUAAAUUCAUAUAAACAAUAAAAAGGAGGAGAAUUAGAUGA